AAAAGUAGGUCUUCCCUUGCAAGCUAUCUGUCAUCCCUUUGCGUCUCUCAAAAGUACCAAGGAUACGCGUCGCUCACUCGGUAUCGUCGCGCACGCCAGAGUCCGGCCCUCGUACCGGUAUGGGCUAGCCAGCGGCCCCUCUGGAUACGCCCGCCGACGACGCUCCGUCUGGCAAACAGGCGGGCGCUUCCCGUCGGCAUCUCCGAGCUGAGGUCGGCCAAGGUCGCGUGACUCUCUAGCGUUAGCCGCUAUUCCGAACCUGGGAAACUUGUCAGCUCGUCCGUUACCUUCUUUGGUGCCGGUCGGCCAGCCGCGCACUGAUAAGCCCGUCGCUCGGCAGCCGUCUUUAGAACUUUAUCUCCCCACUUAGGAGAGCUCAUCACGCCCCCCACCGACCCACCCCGGCGCAAACGCAGAGGUUCUCACCGGCACUCCUCCUUUGGUCUGCUCCGGCCUGGCCUAAACGAUAAUAAAUCGUUUGGAUUGGAGUUUGAGCUUCUGGAAGUGACAAAUGUGGGCGGGAGUUCUCCGCCUGGUGACAUCACCGGCGUGUCUGGCCAGCGGCCCGCGUCAGUCCCCGUCGACGUCUUGCCCCCUUCGCAUCUUCUCUUCGUUCUUAGUGAGGCCGCUUUUGCUCCUGGGAAGAAAUUCUGAAGGUGAGCAGAGGGGCCUACCAUGUGCGGCGGAUCCGGAGCCUCGCUCGUUUUGCUGGCCCUGCUCUCGGCCCACGUCGGGCCGGCGGGGAGUUCAGCCGCCCGCAACCGCAGCAAAUGCGGCGGCGGCACCGAUUGCAAGGACGGCGUCAUCUUGUCGCCGUGGCGACCGGAAGACCCCGGCCCGGCGGAGCGCGUGGCCAGGGCCGCCGUUUAUUUCAUGGCCUUAGCGUACAUGUUCCUUGGCGUGUCCGUCAUUGCCGACCGCUUCAUGGCGUCCAUCGAGGUCAUCACGUCCCAAGAGCGACAGGUUGUGGUCAAAAAAGCCAACGGGGAAAGGUUGACGGCCACGGUGCGCGUGUGGAACGAGACGGUGUCCAACCUGACCCUCAUGGCGCUGGGCUCGUCGGCUCCGGAAAUCCUGCUCUCGGUGGUGGAGAUCUGCGGUCACAACUUUGACGCCGGCGAACUGGGGCCCAACACCAUCGUGGGAAGCGCCGCCUUCAACAUGUUUGUCAUCAUCGGCCUGUGCGUCUAUGUCAUCCCCGACGGACAGACGCGGCGGGUCAAGCACCUGCGGGUCUUUUUCGUCACGGCCGCCUGGAGCGUCUUCGCCUACACGUGGCUCUACCUCAUCCUGGCCUACUUCUCUCCAGGCGUGGUGGAGAUUUGGGAGGGGCUCCUCACGCUGCUCUUCUUUCCCCUUUGCGUCAGCUUUGCCUACGUGGCCGACCGCCGCCUCCUCUUCUACAAGUACGUGUACAAGCGCUACCGAGCCGGGCGGCGCCGGGGGGUGAUCGUCGAGACCGAGGGGGAGCCCGACAAAGUCCAAACGGCGCAUUUGGCAGCCAGACGUCUGGCCCAGGAGACUGAGCGGGAGCUGUCCACGCAGCGGGAGAAGGUGACGGACGGGCACGGCGGCAGCGAGGCGUCAGACGGGCACGGCUCCUCGGCCCGCAACGUCACCGUCUCUGACGAUGACCGUGCGGGGGUCUUCGCCUUUGAGGAGCCCACGGUGACGGUGAGCGAGAGCGUCGGCGCCAUGGAGGUCAUGGUGGUCCGGACCUCCGGGGCUCGCGGGGCGGUGGCCGUGCCGUACAGAACCGUCGAGGGCACAGCUAAAGGGGGCGGCCGAGACUUUGAGGACACUCACGGCGUGCUGGAGUUUGACGACGAGCAGAUCUGUCAAACGCUUCGCAUCAACAUCAUCGAUGACGAAGAGUACGAGAAGAACAAAACGUUUUGGGUGGAGAUGGGCGAGCCGCGUCUGCUGGAGAUGAGCGGCGGCAGCAAAGGUGGAUUCCUGCUCACAGGAAAAGACCCGGGCUACAGAAAGCUCCAAGAACAACAGAACCCCUCUUCCGUUAUCACCAUCUCAGAUGAAUCCGAGGACUUGGGGACAAAAGAGGAAGAGGAGCGACGUAACGCACGGGCGUGUCGGCCCACGUUAGGCGAACACGCCAAAUUGGAAGUCGUCAUUGAGGAAUCGUACGAGUUUAAGAGCGCGGUGGACAAGGUCCUGAAGAAGACCAGACUGGCCGUGCUAGUGCGAACGACGCCGUGGAGAGAGCAAUUUGUGGAGGCCAUCACAAUCGGCGGAGGCGAGGACAGCGAGGAGCCGCCCUCUGCCCUGGACUACAUGACGCAUUUCCUGAGCGUCUUCUGGAAGCUGCUGUUUGCGCUGGUCCCGCCCCCCGACUACUGGAACGGCCGGGCGUGCUUUGUGGUCUCCAUCGCCGUCAUCGGUAUCCUGACGGCCUUCAUCGGGGACCUGGCGUCGCACUUUGGCUGCACGGUGGGUCUGAAGGACUCGGUCACGGCCGUGGUCUUUGUAGCCCUGGGCACGUCGGUGCCAGAUACCUUCGCCAGCAAGGUGGCGGCCACCCAAGACCAGUACGCCGACGCCUCCAUCGGCAACGUGACGGGGAGCAACGCCGUCAAUGUGUUCCUGGGCAUCGGCGUGGCCUGGUCCAUCGCCGCCAUCUACCACCGCACCCAAAACCAGGUGUUCAGGGUGGACCCGGGAACCCUGGCCUUCUCCGUCACCCUUUUCACCAUCUUUGCCUUCGUCUGCAUCGCCGUCCUCAUUUAUCGGCGCCGACCCGAGAUCGGCGGAGAACUGGGCGGACCGCCGCUCGCUAAGACGGCCACCGCUGGCCUCUUUUUUAGCCUGUGGUUGAUGUACAUUGUCUUGUCGUCGCUCGAGGCCUACUGCCACAUCCCGGGCUUCUAACCACGACGCUCCGGGGAAACGCGCAAGGAUGGUGUCGGUCGUGUGGAAUUUCAUUUUUCAUUUUCAUUUCAUUUUUUUCCCACUCGACUCCAUGAUGAAACGCUAGUCCUCGUUCAAAUGUCAUUGCAACUGACUGGAGAUGUUUUGGAUUUGUCCCCAACCUGGCCGGCGCCCGUCACGAGACGAUUUGCUUUGCAGUAAAAUAAAACAAAGCGU